ACACGAAAAACGGCAGCGUGGCGACUCUCAUUCUUCUCUCUGUUACGACUUUCGUAUUGGUUAGGUUAGGUUAGGUUAGAUUCAGCGAACAUCCGUCUACUUGUCAUAAUGCCAAUUGCUCCAACAUAUUUUAUAAAUAUUUGUAUGCAAACGCAAUACACUGAUAAGCAUCGAUUAUCGUCGAGAAAGUGAAAUUAUGUUAAGCAUCAUCACAUUAUGCCGCAAAAAUUAAUGAAUUCAAUGUUCGACGAACAAAAAAAUGCUAGGCAACUGAUCUAUCAACGUGGAAGGGAAGGUUUUCCAUCAUAUGUAUUUUUACACUCGGAUGACGAAUGUAGUACAGAUGAGGAGAAUAUCUCUUUACAAGUUAUCAAACGAUCUACAUCACCAUGUCGCAAAAUCGAGGUGAUCAAUAUACAAAUAAAACCUGAAGAUACCUUGCAGGCGUUGGCUCUUCGAUAUAGAUGUACAAUCUCUGAACUAAAACGGAUUAAUAAAAUUGACAAAGAGAAUGAGAUAUAUGCAAAGCCUUAUAUUAAGGUUCCUGUACAACCAUUUUCUAUUUUAACUGAGACAUUACCUGAAAAUCAAGAUAAGAAUAUUAUCAUUACAUCUACACAAAGUCAAGAAAAAUUACUUAUAAAAAAGGAAGAGCAGCUUAUAGACUUUGGCACUAUAUCGACCACAGAAUCCUCAAACAUAGAAAUCAAUGCUAUUAUAUUAAAUUCGGUAUGUGAACCUUUAUCAUCUUAUAGUGCCAAUUCCUCUGAAGUUCUACACACAGAACAUGAUCAAUUACUUAAUGAUAUGGACAGUACCAAAAUAGCAAAAUCUUGUGAAACAGAUAUAUUUAAAUGUUCUGGAGACAAUUGGGGAUUGUCUUGGAUGCAACUUCUUGUAUUUUCAUUACUGUUGAGUUUUGCAGGACCUAUUAUAUAUAUACUUUAUAUAGCUGAAUAUUCAGCAAAAGCAAAUAUGACUACAAGUAAUUGAUAUUUUGUAUAAAAAAAUAUGUAUAGAUAUAAUAAGUAUAAAAAUAGAAGAGAAUAUAUAUUUUCUAUGCAGAUAUAAUUUCUGUAAAUUUUGGAACUAAACACUCGAUGUUUUGAUUAUCACACAGAUAUAAUAAUUUAAUAUAUGCAUUAUAAAUUUAGAAACAUCUCUGCAUUAAGAUUUUAUUAGUGCAGCUAGAAUUGUAUAUAUAAUUGUAUAUAUUUUUAUAUUUAAAAAUAUACUUUCUCUUAUUCUAUUUUAUAUCAUAACAGAAAUAGUUUAGUCUCAGAAUAGUAUUUUUUAUACUGAGUGAGAUUUUUUUAUUGAAGAUAUAACUUAUAAAAUGUGAACGCAUGCGAGACCUUUUUUAUAAAAAUUGUGUAUACGAAGUCUUUAUAUUUGAACCAUGUAUAUUAGAUAUAAAUCUAUAUCAGAGAUAUAAAUAUUACUAUCAAUAGACUUAGAUAACAGAUUCUAAUAUAAUUUAACGAAAUAACUAAAUUAUUAUUUUUUACCUAAGAAAAAUUAUUAACUUGUUAUGCUAUAUCAAGCAUAAUUGUGAUAAACUUUUGACACAAUAGUUAAUUUAAUAAAAUUGAUUAAAUCCUACUUAUGAUAGAAAAUAACAUAGGAAAUAAGAUCUAUAUAAGUCUAUAUAUAUAUAAAGCAUUCACUGAUACCUUUGUAAUUUUGAAUCAUUAUUGUUAAUCUAAAGUACUAUGAAAUGGAUUUUUCAUAUUUCUAAUGUGAUUAAAAAUACUCAAAUUAUUUGAUGGUGCUUAUUAUAAUUAAUUUAAAAAAUAGCAUAAUAAUAUAUUAAAUAUAUAUUACUAU